AAAGCUAGUCUCCCAGUAAGAAAACACAUUCUCUUCUACAUCUACUCGGGAUUUUUGUUACCAGUCCUCGGCUCCGCCCUUCAUCAGGAUUCGUUGGAUGAGGUGGUCGCUGCCACUGCCUACCUCGAGCUCUUCCUUCGACGUCUCACAGAACCAGCCCUCAUCGGCGUUUUCCUGCGUUUCAUUGUCACCGCCGAAUUUGACUCCCAGUCAGUCCUGUCCACUCUCAUCAGUCGACUCAGCUCCAAUCCCACGGUAGGUCCUUCCGUGCUUAUUUGGCGGUUAUAA